CAACCAUCAGGUUAGAGUUCCCCAUUCCUCAAGACUUGGUGCUUCUACUACUAGCAAGUAGGUAGCCAUGGCUAGGGUCCGAAACCCUCUCGUCGUCGGAAAGGUCAUCGGGGAGGUCAUUGACAACUUCAACCCCACGGUGAAUAUGACGGUGACCUACAACUCCGACAAGCAGGUGUCCAAUGGCCAGGAGUUCUUGCCGUCGGCGGUCGUGUCCAAGCCACGCAUUCAGGUCCCGGGCGGCGACAUGAGAUCUUUCUUCACUCUGGUCAUGACGGACCCGGAUGUGCCAGGGCCUAGCGAUCCAUACCUGAGGGAGCAUCUCCACUGGAUCGUCACUGAUAUUCCUGGCACCACUGAUGCUUCUUUUGGGAGCGAGGUGGUGAGCUACGACAGCCCAAUGCCCAACAUCGGCAUUCACAGGUUCAUCUUCGUGCUGUUCAAACAGAAGAAGCGGCAGGCUGUGAACCCUCGAGCUCCCUCCACCAGGGACUGCUUCAACACUCGCCGCUUCGCCGACGAGAACGACCUCGGCCUCCCGGUCGCCGCCGUCUACUUCAACGCGCAGCGGGAGACAGCCGCGCGCCGCCGCUGAUGUGAAAAAUGCAACAAGCCUCUGGAUCAAGCUAUGGCUUAGCUACUGGUAUUAGCUAUAUAUAUAUGGCUCCGUUCAAAUAAGAGUUUGCUCGUGGUCUUGUGUCCACUGUUUCUGGUAGUCUUCCUACUGUCCACUGUUACUCCUACUAGUCAACCUGUGAGCUUGUGUACGCCACAAGAGUGAAUUUAGUUCAACUC